AUGGAUCCAUCUGCCGUUCUGCCCCGUGCCCUCCCGGAGGCCGGGACCAUAGCCUUCCUGUCGCCGUCCGAACGACUCAAUGACUCAUUCCCAGCCCCACUCUCCCGGAGCAAGGCGGCCCUCGAGAAACUAGGCUUCCGGGUCAAGAUCUUCUGGACACCAGAGCCAUCCCGUCCGGCAACCAUCAGCCAAUCCAUCGCAAACCGUAUCGCAGAACUACGCGCCGCAUUCGCCGACCCAGAAGUCGACGCCAUAAUCUGCACCUUCGGGGGCACCACCGCAACAGAACUCUUGCCACCUCUCCUCUCCGACGCGAACCUAACCCAUGUCCUGCGAGCCAACCCCAAGAUCUUCGUCGGCUACAGCGACAUUACGACCCUCCACUGGGCCCUAGCAGCACGGACCGGCCUGCGGACCUUCUACGGGCCGACAGCCAUCCCCGAGCUCGGCACCGCCCCAUCCCCGCUGCCCUUCUCCGUCCAGAAUCUCUUGCGCGCCAUAACCGACGCCGGAAGAACCCCGCUCGGACCCCUCCCGCGGUCUGCCACCUACGCCCCGGACCUGCCGGCCUACCUCCAGGGGGGCGACGCAGCCUCCGUCUCGCCGCAGGUGCUUGCGCCGAGCCCGGGGUGGAAGUGGCUCCGGGGCGGGAGCGGCGUGGGCCCGCUCUUCGGAGGGUGUCUGUCGGUGGUGGUCCGGCUGCAGGGCGUGCGCGGCAUGGCACCAGAUUGGCGCGGGAAGAUCAUGUUCCUGGAGACGUCGAUGGCGGAGGGGGCGUCUGGCAGGGGGUUCGUGCCCCAUAAGCUACGGCAGGCGAUCGCGGACCUGGCAGCCAGUGGGGUUUUUGACGAGAUCAACGGGUUGGUCUUCGGGCGGUUUUUCGGCUAUGACAAUGAUGAGCGACGCGAUGAGGUGGAGAGGGUUGUGCGGGAAGCGUUGGCGAUCGGGGAGGACGGGAUUGUGUGGGGGAAGACAAAGAAGUUUCCGGUGUUACUGCAUGCGGAUUUUGGGCAUACAAGUCCGAUGUUGACGCUGCCGAUGGGGGCA